GGCGGGAGGAGCCGCUCUAGGCGCGCGGGAGGCGUUACUCCCCGCCGGGCGUCGCUGCCAUGGCAACCUGGCGCGGAGCUGGCCAGUGGGGCUCCGGUAGCCGCGGUACGACAGGGAGCUGGAGCAACGGAACAGAAACCCCCGGCAAGAAGGAAAAGACAAUUAAGCUGCCCUCCUUGACAAUUGCAGAGGAGCCUAUGCCCGUUUCAGGUGUUCUGCAAGGAGAUGACAUCCAGGCGCUUGCAAUUAAGGUGGAGGACCUCAAGAAACUCCAUGUUCCACACCCUCCCCGUGAUGCUAGGAAGCAUCCAGUUAAGAAGGAAUAUCUCGUUCGAAAAUACCGACCCAAAGAGACAAAGAAGACAACAGAACUCCUUGUAGCAUAUCCUGCCUGCCCAAAGGCACCCAGUGAAACACAGACUUUUUCUGCACCAGAACUGUUUGGUGGUGGCUGUGAAAAGAUUCUCCCCCAUCACAUUUUGGGAAGUCUCCAGGAAUUCAAGGAGGAAGCCUUGGCCAGAGGAAACACUCAGUUAGCAGAUCUUAUUGAGGCUUCUUGUCAAGAUGUUACUGCAGCAGCUUUAAAGGAGGAACAUGGAGGAAAAAAGAAAGCUCAUCAGCCCCCACCAGCAGAGCACAAAGCUCUCAAGAACUGGGACCAUCAUAUGACAAUCAGGAAAAAGCAGGAGAAAUAUCUAGGAGAAAUUCUUCAGAGGCCAGGGAUCAGUAAAGGGCAGCCUUUUACAUCUGUCUCAACAGAGCCAUCUGUGUGUUCCAUCCCUUCUGACAAGUCAGAGAUCCUCAGUGACUCAGGUGACAGCUCCAGUGUGGCUCCAGAAGGAGUAGAGGGUCCAUCUUUAGUUUUCUGUGGCCAACCUGCUCGUUGGAUCGACGGCACCACUUCUCGCCGGGCUGAAGUUGGCAUUGCUGCCCGGCUCAACUUUGAGACUUUGGUUGGUGAGAAAGCUGAAAGCUCCCUGACGGUGAGCAAUGAUGGCACAACUGCCAUCUGGUAUGACUGGAUGAGGCUUCCCCAGAGGAUUCCCUCCAGAGAAACUACGAAGAUAAGGACACCGCGUUUUUACUUUGAUAUCAGAUCAGGUGUAAUGUUGCCUGGGGAAACUAGGACGUUUUCCUUUAUUUUCAAGUCAGAGAGAGUGGGCAUUUUCAGUGAGGCCUGGGAAUUUAGGACACGUCCCCUGUUAUUAGGAGGAGCUCUGCUGCAGGUGACCCUUUGGGCAAUUGCUGUCUCUGAGGAUGUAUUUGCUGACCGCAGAGAGAAACCGGAGGUAACCAAGCAGAUUGAGCUGGCCAUUCGAGAAGGUGCUGCUAUAGUAGAAGAGUUUCUGAAGAAACGUCUUAAACAACGUCGUGUCCGGACCUCAGAGCGUUCCCCGUCUCCUGUGGAUGUCACAGAGGAGGAGUUGUUCCACUGCAAGAAUCCCGAGUUCCAUUAUCAGCAUCAAGUGGUAAAGCAGCUGCAUGAACUAUGGAGACAGUACAUAACUGUUCCUUCAGCCUCUGAGGAUAAAGUGUCCUCAGACCAGAAGAGCACUGUGGAGGGCACCCAGCUCCGGGAGAGGAUCUUGAAGGCUCUCCUUCCUCAGAGGAGCACCACAGCGGUCCCAGGCAUGAAGAACACCCUUGAGGAGACAUCCUCAGGAUGGAACCUCUCUUUGGAUGACUUUAAGCAGGCUAUAAAGUCCAUCCCCGAGGAGGAGCGGCGAGAAGAAGCACUGGCCCAGCUCAAUAAGGCAGCACGGGAGCUGCGUCUUCAACAGAGACCAACUCAGACAGACCUUUUGUAUCAAACCUGCCUCCUACUGUGGCGUCAAACAAUUGAUGAUAUGGUGAGUCACUCCAUGAGGCUGAGAUCCCUGCUUGGCUUGCCUGAGAAGAAAACCAUCUAUGUAGAUGAUGAUCCAGAGGAAACGGUCGUGGAAGUUAAGCAACCUGUAGAAGGAAAAAAGGAAGACAGAAUAACCAUUAGGAAAGAAGAGAGGAAAUUAGCUGUUGGUAAGGAUAGAGAAGGCAAAAAAAGAACACCGAAGACGGCAGGGACAGAGAAAGAGGAACAACCAAGCAGCAGAAAGUUAGAAGAUGUGACAAAGAUGAUAUCUUCCAUUCCAUUGCUGGAAGUGGAAGAGGGAGCACAGCCCCUGGAAGUUCUAACUGCAGAUCAAGUAGAACCUCCACCUGAGGAGGUGGACCCUGCUCUGUUUCGGAAAUACCAGGAAAAGCUUUAUGUUGAAGUUUAUGGGCUGCUGGGCUCCAUGGUGAGCAAGAUGGUUGCUUUGUUCGAGGACUUAGAGAGAGAAGAUGCUCUGAAGUGGGAGAGCAAAGCCAUUUGUGACUAGAAAUAGACAUCCUUUUACAAAAUAAAUAAAUAACCAUAUUUACACAGA